UUCCGAUGUGUCGACUAGGGAAUGGACAGAGGAAAGUCUGACACCCUUCCGCGAUCUCCACUUGACUAUAAAGGAGAUCUGUUUGCGCCAGGUUUCACCCAGAAAACUGCGCAGUUCUCCGGGUCGGAUGGCGGUGGCGGUGGUGACCUGGUUUCCGCUUGGGUGCACGCCCCACGAGGUUUUGGGGUUUUCAGACGUGGAGGUUCACCACUACAGGGCGCUAUAAUACGGCGCUCGGCCCCGGCGGCGCGUAUUGGUACUGGAAACCAUUGGAAACCAAUACCUCACACAUUGAAAUGUAGGGGGCCCUGCAGAGGUUAAGUGACCUUAUAGGACCCUACAGGAGUACGUAUAGGAUAGUCUAUAGGGUUAUAUAGGGUUCUCCAACCUCUGCUGAGCUGUCCACUUCCAUGUUUGUCGGAGCUCAUUUGCCUUCCACGAACUCCAAACUCAUCGUUUGAGCCUGUCAAGAACGAACCUGAGACGCUCCAUGCUGCAGACUAACAGAGGUUAAACUCUAUCUAACCUUAGGCGCUUGCAGUACUGUCUUUUGGAACGCACUUCUUCAGUGAUGUUGUGGUCUCCAUUGAACUGCAAGGCUGCUCAGCAAAAAGACCCCAUUUGGACCCGUUCCCGGAUUUUGCACCUACCUGCCACUCCGCGUGUCCAAGCCCUUUCUUGACCCAGGUUACACAGCUCUGGACUUGGCCCCAAAACCGGCUGUUCAUGAUGCAGGCCAUCGUUUGGUGACGGCAUGGCUGAUAGACAGUUUCUCAUGUUUCUCUGAAGCUUUUGGCUCGACUUUGGCUGCAUUUGUGGCCCUUCUUCAGGCGAAUCAGACAUGAAGGCCAUGGCCAAGAAGACCAUGGCCAAGAAGGCCAUGGCCAAGAAGCCCACGGUCAAGAAGACUACGAAGAAGAACACCAAAGCCAAGGAAACGAAGGGGGAGCUGCCCUGCUCCCCUCGAGCGACCAUGGCCCCGACUGGCAAAAGGGCCCUGUGCAGCGGCGUGAACAACCGGAUGACCAGGUGCAAGGGUAAGCAGGUGAAAGAUGUGCUUUGGAAGAUGAAGUACAAGAGCCCCAAGAGCCAGCAGCAUCUCACCUACAACCUGCAGGAUUUGCGCUAUGAUCUGCUCCGUGGGUAUCUUAAGGUCAAAGUGCUCAGGGCGGGUACCUCCGCCGCUUCUUCGAGCAAGGGCGAGCUGCCUUGCUCGCCCAAUGCCACCAUGCUGCCCACGGGGAAGGUGGCCCUUUGUCCCGGUGUCAACAACCGGAUGAAAGGAUGCAAGGGCAAGAAAGUGGUAGAUGUGGUUGGGAAGAUGGGCUACAAGAGUCCCAAAGGCCAGCUCGUCUACAAUGUCCGCGAUCUGAAGUAUGAUCUACUGCGUGGAUAUGUGAAGGUGAAGCUCCUCCGGGCCCCGCCAGCCUCCAAGGCGACGACGGUGGCACGGGGAAGGAAGAGCCAGCCAGCCAUGAAGGUCAUGAAGACCACAAAGGCAAUGAAGGCACCGAGAAGCCGCGCGGCGAGCGCGCCGACGGCGAAGGCGGAGACGCCCAACGAUGUCCCGAAUGCCACAAGUGCGAAGAGCUCGACGAGCAGCAGCAGUACGAAAGGAGAACUUCCCUGCUCCGUGUACUGCGUGAUGAGGCCCACCGGCAAGCUGGCGAAAUGCCCGGGCAUCAACCAGCGAAUGGAGCGAUGCAAUGGGAAGCGCGUGCAGGAAGUUCUGAACAAGCUGGAGUACAGCAGUCCGAAAGGGAGUCUCACCUACAGUGCCCAAGACCUGAAGUACGAUCUUCGCUGCGGCUACCUGGAGGUACUAGCCCCGAACUCCAUUCCCUGGCGGUGAGCCAACCAACGAAGACUUGCACGCCCCAAAUUUCCGCGCUGGAAAUGGGCGCGGGGCGGAAUGGCGCUUGCUGACGCUGACGUUUGUUGCUUGGUGGAUCAAUCAGAGAUCCCUGGAAAGUAGUGCUGAAGAUCAGAACGUCCAGGAGCAGGAGCGGCAGCCGCGGAAGUUGUUUGGUUCGUUUCACCUUUCAGAUCGGCCGCAGGUCCUGUGCUGAGUGGCUCCGGAGAUGUCCAAG